GGCCGAUCUCGGAUAAGUGGACCAUUCUGACCAUUAAGAGAAACACAGUCCCUCAUGUGAAGUUUCUGGGAACAUGCACGUUUCAGGAUAAAGCAUUGCAGCAAGGUGAAACCACAUCUGGGACGUGAGUGAUGCUGUGUGACGGGGGCACAUGCAUGGCUUGGAGUUUGAAUCUGAUGAAUACACAUGGGGCUCCAGGGUUACACAGAUCCCUGUGAGACAGAUUUUUUCCAUCCUUCAGUCAGCAUGCCCAGCCAGCUCGAGGGUGCCAUGGAUGCACUGAUAACAGUUUUCUACAACUACUCUGGGCAUGAUGGAGACAAAUACAAACUCAACAAGGGCGAGUUAAAGCAACUCCUCAACAGUGAGCUCACCGACUUCCUUACGUCUCAGAAGGACCCGAUGCUGGUGGAGAAAAUCAUGAAUGACCUGGACUCAAACAAAGACAACGAGGUGGAUUUCAAUGAGUUUGUGGUGCUGGUAGCUGCGCUGACUGUUGCCUGUAAUGAUUUCUUCCAAGAGCAGCAGAGGAAGAACAAGUAGACUAGAAAGCCUCCGCUGAGUUAAUGACUUAUCUUUUUAAAAGCUAAAAAUGCCAUUCAAUAAAAACUCAUUAUUAGUGGGGGAAUUCCCAACAAUUUAAGAAUUUGUGUUUGCUUUUCCCAUGGUGUACAUUAGCCUAUUUAGUAUUUAUGAACACGGACACUCUCCCCUAAUGGUAGCAACUGCAGAAUAAAGAUUAUGAUAUGAUGUGAUGCCUCAUGAAUAUCCAGCCCACACAUGAUCUUCACAGUGGAGAUAUUUAUAUUAGACUGAUGUCCCAGAAAAAAGUGGGGUG